AUAUAUCCGAGCGCCAUUCCUCUUCGUGUCAAAGGGAAAUGUAUUAUCAUGCUGAUGAAAUGUUAAAGCUGUGUGUAUUCUGGCACGGUGCAGUGUUGGUUUGUUGUGUUCCAUAAGAGUUUGAUUUUUCUGCAAGGCAUGUUUUUGGAUAGUGCAGACCAUAAGUUGUAACUGGACAUACAUGAUUGCAUUCGUAUAUGAAUCGUAAUCUUUUUUGAGUGUUAUGUUCUUGUGAUCCAGUUGUUUAAGCUCUUCUGGUUAAUGGCACCUGAGGUAGAUCCAGAUCAUGCUCUGAUGAUUGAAGAUAAUUUUCUUGAUACCAUGCUAGUUGAUCCAAAAAGAGAUCGCUUUCCAUGCUGCAUCGUAUGGUCACCACUUCCUGUCCUGUCAUGGUUUAUCCCCUUUAUUGGGCAUAUAGGGAUUUGUAGGGAGGAUGGCAUAAUCUUGGACUUUGCAGGGCCAAACUUCGUUUCUGUAGACAAUUUCACAUUUGGGGCACCAACUCGCUAUUUCCAAGUAAGCAGAGAACAGUGCUGCUGCAUAUCUCCUUAUUCAGCUGAACAUACAAGUGAGUAUGUCCAGAACGAUGAUGAAUCUGCAAGCCAUGUGGACACGUGGGAUGCUGCCUUGAGGAAGAGCAUUCAAGAAUUCCAACACCUGUCUUACAGCAUUUUCACUUGCAACUGCCACUCUUUUGUAGCUAAUGGCUUAAACAGGCUGGGGUUUCAGGCUGGUGGAUGGAAUGUAGUCAACCUGGCCAUUUUCAUUUUCCUCAAGGGACGUUGGGUAAAUAAAACAUCUAUAGUUAAAACCUAUUUACCGCCUCUUGUUGUGCUUGGUUUAGGACUCAUCUUUGGAGGAGGGACUUUCCUUGCUUACCUGGUAAUUUUCAUGUUUGUUCUUAUUGGUUGGUUUCUCCUCGGCACAUACUGUUUCAAGAUGUUGAUCCAUGUGUAGUCAGUCACUUGGAAUUAUUUGAUUCCUACAACCCGUAUCGAAUCUGUAUGUUAGCCGACACUUGUAAUUUUGGAUAUGAUACAAGUAACUUCGUCAGUUGAUAUACUCUAAUAUCUUAGAGCUGGUAACUUCAAGUUCUGUAUAUGUCGAGAUACUCAGUUGGGAAAGCUGGCUUCUGUUUCACCUGCAAGAUUUUUGUAAGUGUAGCUGUUUCUUGUUCCACAGAGACGUGAUGUAGGAGAGGCUUGAACUUAUGGGAUGUCCCAGCAGGGUCAAGAGGCUUGAAUAUUUGUCCAGGGAAAUGAAAACGAAAUGUCAAACUUGUAUUUAUUGGGGGAUUUUAAUCUAGAAUUCUAUUUUUUACUUAUUCGUUAUCAUAUUAUCAUAUUGUUAUAGUGGCAUCAGAGUGAGCUUCCGAGAAGCAUUCUCUAUGAAUUCACAUGGAAAUAGCUUGAUAAGAUAUGAAGAGAUUGUUUGAGCAA